UUUUCUACAGAUGCUGGCAAGUCCACCAUUGGCGGACAAAUCAUGUAUCUGACAGGCAUGGUAGAAAAGAGAACCUUGGAGAAGUACGAGAGAGAAGCCAAGGAGAAGAACAGGGAAACCUGGUAUCUGUCCUGGGCUUUAGACACCAACCAAGAGGAGAGGGACAAAGGCAAGACGGUGGAAGUCGGCCGAGCGUACUUUGAGACAGACAAAAAGCACUUUACCAUCCUAGACGCUCCAGGCCACAAAAGCUUUGUCCCCAACAUGAUUGGAGGAGCGUCACAGGCCGACCUUGCUGUUCUGGUGAUCUCUGCCAGGAAAGGAGAGUUUGAAACUGGUUUUGAGAAGGGUGGGCAGACGCGAGAGCACGCCAUGUUGGCCAAAACGGCCGGGGUCAAGCACCUGAUCGUACUGGUGAAUAAAAUGGACGACCCAACAGUCAACUGGAGCCUGGAGAGAUAUGAGGAAUGUAAGGAGAAACUAGUGCCAUUUUUGAAGAAGGUGGGCUUCAACCCAAAAAAAGACAUUCACUUCAUGCCGUGCUCUGGACUCACAGGGGCCAACCUGAAAGAGCCCACUGACAUGUGCUCCUGGUACACAGGGUUACCGUUCAUUCCACAAUUGGACAGUUUGCCAAGUUUUAACAGAUCCACUGAUGGGCCAGUCAGGUUGCCCAUCGUAGACAAAUACAAGGUAAGAAUGAAGGAGGAGGAGGAAGCACCAGCAACCAAAGCUUGUGAACUGUAGCGCCAUUUUAUGCAUGCCCACUGCA